AUAACAGCGAACAGAACAGAGUUUGAGGAACAGGACAGAGUUUGAGGAACACAGGGAUACUCAAAUCUCAGUAAAAUAAACACUGCGGCCAUAAACAUUACUCACCUUCUUUUUGUGGCUGACUUGAAACUUAAAAAAAGUGUAAAGAUGGCUGACACUGAUAACUUGAUGACUGGAAACCCUCGAUCACAUAAAGGGGAAAACAAAGUAUCCCGUGUGUUGAAGUAUUGUCUACUAUGUUUUGCAAUGUUCUUUUGGAUUAUUGGGGCCCUAUUUAUAGCAAUUGGAGGCUAUACUACAUCGCAAAAAACAGGGUAUGAAGAGCUAGCUGAUCUUGCAUCAGAUCCUGGUAUUAUUCUAGCUGCUCUGGGUGUUUUGAUCUUCAUUGUGUCAUCUUUUGGGGUUCUUGGUGCUCUGAGGGAAAAUAUUUGCUUACUGAAUUAUUAUAAAUUGUUGUUGAUGUUGACCCUGGUGUUUGAAGUGUUCUGUGGGAUUACUGCUUUUGCCUUUUGGCCUGAAGUUAAGAAAUUGGUUGACAAGAAUUUAUCCCUUGCUAUUGAAAAAUACAACGUUAAUGUUGACCUACGAAACAUGAUUGAUAAAGUUCAAAGAGAGCUUGAAUGUUGUGGUAGUCUUACAAUAGAUGAUUGGGACAGCAAUCCAUACUUCACCUGCCUAAACAAAGAAAGUUAUCGUUCAUGUGGAGUACCAUGGUCUUGCUGCCUGAAGAAAUAUGAACAAAAUCGGCAGUGUGGAUACGGUGUCAGAAAAAAUAGAGUCCAUGUUAAGCUUUCAAAUGAAAUCUACACUAUUGGCUGUUUGGAUAAAGGUUUUGAAUUUUUCAGGAAAAAUCUUGGGCUAGUUGCUAUUUUGGCGAUAUGUUUUUCCCUACCUUUAAUCAUUGGCAUGUUUAUGACACACAUGUUGGCCAAUCAAAUAGUUGCUCAAAUUGGUGUACUUAAUAAACAGAAUGUAUAUUUGUAAUUUUUGUUAUGGAAUAUUGUACUUGAUGAAGAACAUUAUAUAUCCAUACUUACUGUGGUGCAUUAAAACUUGCAAGUUUUGUCUUGUAGCCACUUUCGCAUGUGCAAAACAGUCAGAAGUUUUUUUUUUCAUUGCUGUUAUUUAGGGAGGUGCUUGAUAUUCUUAGUGUUUUCUGUGAAUGUAUAAAUAUUUACUUAUGAGAAAUGUGGCCCUUUUUACAUUUUGUUAUGUCACUCUUUUGUUUUACCAUUUAAAUUAUAGCUAAUUUUUUAGUCAGUUUUCUAAAAAACCAUUUGACACUAUUGAAUUAGAAUCUAAUUACAAAGCUAAAUCUAAUAGAACCGGUGAAUUAUCCGGUAAGUUAAUACAUAACCACUUGUUUUUAUUGUGAGUAUGGAAAAUGUAAUAUGUUAACUUAUUUCUUAGGAAAGCAACUUUGUCUCUUUUUGUGUUUCUAAAGUUAGUAAUUUUUCUAAUGUUAUGGUGAUUUUGUAUAAUUUAAGUUUGAAGAACGUAAGUUUUUAAUAUAUGUAUUCUGUUGAUAACAAAGCGACUUCACUUCAGUUUCCAUGUCCAAUUGAAUACUGCUCAGUUUGUUUUGAAUUUUGAUUGUUUAACUAAGUUGUGUGAUAUAUAAAGGGGUUGUCACGACUCUAUUAAACCUAAAUCACCUUUUUGUGACUUUUUCAUAUGUAAAGCAUCAGUGCCCAGCCAUCCUAGUAAUUGUCCCUUUUACCAAUCAGAGAUUGAUAAUUCAGAUUGCAGCAUUCAGAAAUUAUAAAUGCUUAUUUUCAUCAAUCAAAAGCAAGACUUUGUGAAAUUAAUAUAAUGUUAACAUAGAAAAGCUAUAGCUCCUUGACAUAUUUAAUGAAACUAACUCAUACUCACUCUGUGUUGUAUAGUAUAUACAAAAACUUUUGUAUUUUUAAUUAUUUUUUGUUUUUUACAUAUUAAUUUACAUCUUUGUAUAUUUUUUUGUAGAAGUUUUGCAUGUUACAUUUUUGUGCUAAUGCUUUGUGGAAAGAAUUAUUUCAAGAAUUUAAAUGCACGCAGAAAUAUUUCUAAGCAGGUGUUGUUUCCAUUUAAUAAAUUAGUUAUUGUUGCAA